UAUCAAUGUGGGCUGAAUAGCAAUAUGCCAUUCAGACUAGCAAAUUCCUUUUUUUUUUUUUCUCCAAUAAUACACCCCUCAAUUUCGAAAUGUAGACUAAUUUGUAAUUUUAUUUUUAUUAUACUAAUUUUUUAAAUAUAUUUUGCUUGCGACGCCUACUGUGGUCGAGUUGGGUUCUUCACCGGAUUCUGAAUGAUUGUGGUCGAGUUGAGUUCUUCGAGCUUCGGGUUUAGGGUUACACUGUUCUUCGAUUGGGUUUUGACCUGCGAUCGUUGGGCGAGUUGAGCUCCUAACUCAGAUAUCUGAGUCUGCUCGAGCGUUGUUCCUUCAACUCUGUGGAAAUGAAACUCAUACGUGUUGUAGUGCGGUCUGUUAAUGAUUGUUUAACGCAUCAAUUCCAGCGGCUUCAGAUGCAUAGAAGUUUCUCUACAGUUUUGCCUGGAAAUGGCACCAAUGACAACCGAAGCACUAACUCGUUUGAAUCUGUUGAAGACUUUGAGCAUCGAAUUUUUAGUGAUAUUUCUGGGAAUAGUUCAAAGUCUGAUGCCUUUUAUAAAAAACUUGAUAGGCUUGAGAAGGCUCAUGACAGAUCUAAUUUUGGUUCCAAAUUGAAUAGAGGAAACAGAUCUGACUUUUUGGAUGGUCUAGAUGAGAGCUUCACUACUCUAUCGGAUGGAAUGGAUGGGAAGUUGAAGAAAGCAGCCACGUACUUCGAAUAUAAUCCAGAGGAAAUGCUACAAGACAAUUAUUCAUUUAGACCAGAUAUGACUUUCUGGCCCGGAAAUACUUAUGACACAAAGGACCUUGAUCUUAGAAAACCAGUAGUACGAAAACCUCCCCCUGUGAGGCAGUUUGAAGUAACUACAGAGGAGGUUCUAAGAAAAGCUGAUUUCAGGAAUGUCAGGUUCCUUGCCAACUUUAUAACAGAGGCUGGCAUUAUCAUAAAAAGGAGCAAGACUGGGAUUAGUGCGAAGGCCCAGAGGAAGGUUGCAAGGGAGAUCAAAACAGCCCGAGCUUUUGGUCUAAUGCCAUUCACAACGAUGGGGACAAAACAUUUUGUUUUUGGAUCAACAAUGGAAAGCCGUGAUGCGGAUUUUGAAUAUGAUAGUUUCAAAGUUGCAGAUGCAGAAGGAGAUGAGGAUCCUCUUGGAUCUUAGAAGUCUUUUUUUUUAUUUUUUGGGUUCAUCCCCUGCCUGGAAUAGAACUUUGCAUAAAUUAACAUGCUUUUUAAUACACAGCUGUCUGAGAGACCAUCUUUUUUAGGAACAAAAUUUAAUAAGAAAAAUUUUGCUGAGAAAA